GGUUAUAUUUAGGCGGCAGGUGCGGGAGCCACAACACGCCAGGUCGCCCGCCGGUCACGGCCGCCCCGCCCACGUGACGCCCGGGCGCUAUAAAUAGCCGGGCCGCGCGGGCCGGGGGAGUCUCCGGGGAGCCCGCGCCCGGCGUUCUCUGUGUCGGCGCCCGGCCUGGCCCCCUGGUCCGGUCCGGCCCGUGCGGAUGGAGGCGGCGGCGGGACGCCUGCGCGCUCGGAUGUCGCCUGCUGACCGGCCUGGGAUCCAUGGCGAGGACCGGGAGGGGCAGCUCUGAGCACUGCCGUGCCCAGCACCGCGGCGCCCGCUGCUGAGGGGGCCCCGCGCCUCUGGCCCCCACCAUUGCCCUCGCCCGCCGAUGGCCUCCGCCUGGCCCAGGGCCCCCUGAGCCGCCCGCGCCCUGCCAGGACUCGCCGUGCCCCCAUGGGGUAACGUGACAGAGGGCUGAGCAUCGGAGCCGCCGCCCCCCGCCCCAAGCAGGCCCUGUUGGUUCCGUUCACGUUUGGCUUCCUCUGGUCCUUGGGCUCGGCCCGCCUUUGAGGGAAGGACAUUGGCCACCUGUCCACCGAUGCCGGGACCACGUCCCCAGCCACGGGCACCGCGCUGGACACGGACACCGCAGCCAGACUGACUCGGGCUUUUUACCGUUUUCUUGGCUGAGUUUCGGUGGAUGUUUUUCUCUCUGCCCUUUUGCAAUGACCCGUCUCUGAGAGGCAGGAGCCGGGACGGCCGCCUUCCUUCGGGUGGGGGCCGGGUCUUCUUUUUCUUUUUUAAAGAGUUGCGUUUUGUAUUCUAAGUAUCCAGCGUCCUGCCCCCUCCCGAGUAUUUGCACAAUAUUUGUGCGGGGUGCGGGGGGCAGGUUUUUUAAAGCAUUUCCUCUCUCUUGGACAAGCACAGGGAUCCGUUCUCGGGUGUUGGGGGGCUGGGGCCCCUCCCGUCCGUGUCCCACACCGUCAUGGCCCGCAUGAACCGGCCGGCCCCCGUGGAGGUGAGCUACAAGAACAUGCGGUUCCUCAUCACGCACAACCCCACCAACGCCACCCUCAGCACCUUCAUCGAGGACCUGAAGAAGUACGGGGCCACCACCGUGGUGCGCGUGUGCGAGGUGACCUACGACAAGGCCCUGCUGGAGAAGGACGGCAUCACCGUGGUGGACUGGCCCUUUGACGACGGGGCACCCCCGCCCGGCAAGGUGGUGGAGGACUGGCUGAGCCUGCUGAAGGCCAAGUUCUGCGACGACCCUGGCAGCUGCGUGGCCGUGCACUGCGUGGCCGGCCUGGGACGGGCCCCGGUCCUCGUGGCACUGGCGCUCAUCGAGAGCGGGAUGAAGUACGAAGAUGCCAUCCAGUUCAUCCGGCAGAAGCGGCGUGGCGCCAUCAACAGCAAGCAGCUCACCUACCUGGAGAAGUACCGGCCCAAGCAGCGGCUGCGGUUCCGGGAGCCGCACGCGCCCAGGACCAAAUGCUGCGUCAUGUAGCCAGGCCUCGGCGCCCGGCCGGGGGCCCCCCGCCCUGCCCCCCUCUUUCUGGGCCUCCGUCUCCACACCCCCGGCGGGGCCAGCCUGGUCCUGGGACCCCACGUGGUGACCUGUCCCCCACCCCCGAGGGCAUCGCCCUCACGGUGGGCUGAGACGGUCAGCCACCUGGACCUCGUGUGGGCCGCCCCGGGGGCCCCCGCGCCUCCAUCCGGCCUUUCUCCCCAUGUCCACCUGGGCGCGCCUGCCUGCCGGGUCCGCCCGCCCGCGCCUGCCUGCUGUCUGUCUCUGUCUGUCUCCCCGUGUCCACCUGCCCGGCCGCCACUUUCCCAUCCAUCCCCCCGUCUCCCGUCUCCCUGCUCUGCGUCCCUCUGUGCCGUGUCUCUGUCUCCGUGUCCCGUGUCUGUCUCUGAGGCUGGUCCAGGGCCCUGUCCCUGGCCUUCCUGCCAUCACCCUCCCUGCGCCCCCGCCCCGCCCCUCCCCCUUCUGUGGGGGCAGGUGUACCUUUAACCACUGGGCUGACCCCGCCUCCACAGCCCCUUGUCCUGAGCUGUUCUCGGCCCCUGGAUUCGUGGGUCUGAGGGCGGUCAGCUGCUCUGGACACUUGAAGGCAAUAAAACAG